CAACUUUGUGCAAGCAACUGUUCCUUUUGGUACACGGAGAGCGAUCUGGACGGACGGAGAGGGGUCGUCAGACUUUAGCAUUGGCGAAUUAGGAAUCUAUCUAGGUUCGUCAAUCCAACUGAAUACUAUGUGUAGGAUGGUGACAUUGGAUGAAUCCACGAGCCAACCAAUUGGGUUCCAUCCAGUUUUAAGGUAGCAAUUUUAAAAAAUAAAUUUUAAAAAGAAAAAGAAAAGGAAGCAGGGGCCAAGAACUCAAGUAAAGAACACCCCCGCCUCCACCCAAAACACUUGCAAGGCGGGCCUGCCCCCUCAAUCUCCAGCGUGCGCGGCGUCCCGAUCGCUUCGUAACCGCCUGAUUGAUCCGCCUGUCCUCCGAGCCAGGCUUUCACCGCGCGGCUUUAAUCCCGAUUGGGUUGGCUGGACCGCAACCCAAUUGGGGGUUAAUUGGGAUUGCUACUCCGCGGCUGCCUGUCUCUCGUGUUCCUGGAUUGGCGAGGCGAAUCGACUGGUUUGCUGCAGCCUCCUGGGUAGAAUCAUGAAGCUGAAAAAUAGCGCAGUGGAGACUUUUAAGGAGAACAAUAUGAUUUUCACUUCUGAAGGAAAUCUCCACUCUAAAAAAAUGAGAGAAGAUUAUGUUGCUAGUCCAAACCAACCGGGUGUUGUCCAGACAAGAUGCAAAUGGAUAAUUGGAGAUGUAACUGAGGUCUUUGAUCGCAGCACAUGGAAGCUUGGAAAGAUCUUAAAGAUGCUAAAGAACAACUACUUUGUUAUCAGGCUUGCUGAUUGCAUCCAGCUCAAAGAGUUCCACAUAUCUAGUUUGAGAAUCCCACGUGGUCUGGAAGCUCCUCAAAGCAAGCCCUUUCAUGCAGCAGAUAAGGCCACCGGACGCGGUAAUCGUCGACCUGCUGAUGGCGCCUUGCCCGGCGCAAGGGCUGCGGAUCAAAUGGGUCACCGAGCCUACGAGCUGGGGAGCAGCGGCAAGAAGCGGAAAGCAACCGCAGACGCCUCUCACCAUCUGGGCAGAGCAGCAGCAGCAGCACAUUCCCGGAAUGUCGCCGCAGCCUCCAACCCGAACGGCGGCAGCUACCCGCACAGCUCUUCACAGGCCAUAGAAGACGCCGAAUGCUCGGUUGCCAGCUGCAGCGUGGACGACCUUUACCGCCUCGGCAAUGGCGGCAACGCCAAGCGUCGCCCCGCCGCCGCAGGGUGCCUCCCUGACGACGCCAUGUCCGCGUGCCCGUGCACGCCCGGGGCGAGGGACGGGGAGGACGAGGACGCGGCGGGCGUGCACGGGCUGGAGCUGGAGGCGUACGGGUCGACUAUGCGGGCGCUGUACGCGUCGGGCCCGCUGACGUGGGAGCAGGAGGCGCUGCUGACGAACCUGCGCCUGUCGCUCAACAUCUCCAACGAGGAGCAUCUGCUCCAGCUCAGGCGCCUACUGUCCUCGUGAUUAUUGGCACUUGGCAUUGGCGCAUUGCCAGCCACCGCCCUUCUGGCCUUCUCUUUCGUACGUCUCCAGCGUCGUCGUCGGCCAACGGCCAUGCACGUCGGCUUGGCUCGCCGAACGCCGCGUUCAGCGAGCCUCUUGCUUUUACUCUUGUUGCUAAUUGCUAUUACAUGGUUCUCUGUCUAGUCUAGGUAGAAAGAAUCCUAUGUUCAUACCAGUGUCGAGACAUGUCAUGCCUUUUGUAUCCUGGAUAUAGUCUUGCUUGUAAAUGCAAACAAGUUUUCCUUUGAGGGACCAUAUUUACAAGUUUUUCUUCGAAAUUAAAUGAA